CUGGCUUCAUUUCAGCAGUCAACAUGACCUCUCAUGAAGUUCCAAAUCUAAAAAUUAUCUACACAUAAACCUACUCUUGGGAGCUGACAGGAUUCUUCAAAUCAGGGAGGAUGCCACUUUACCUCUUUUUAGAAUUCCUUUUUUCUGUGUGAGUGUGUGUUGUUUUAGUGAGAGGCUCCCUUCCCACCUCAGUCAUCCGUUUGCUCACUCCCUUAUGUGAUGAAUCAAUGCUUCCAGAACAGGGGUUUCCGAGGGACUGCGGGAACAAUUACUUCCAAAUGAACUCGGGCGUCCUAGCAGGGAGCAUUCAGACCACACCCCAGGUCUCUUCUGGUGAUUCUGAAGCCAAACCUCUGAUCUUCACAUUUGUCCCUACUGUCAGAAGACUACCAACCCACUCUAAGUUGGCUGACACCUCUAAAUUCCUUGUUAAAAUUCCCGAGGAAACAAGUGAUAAGAAUCCAGAAACUGUAAAUAGGUCUGAGUCCAAUGAGUACUUGACCUUGAAUGCCGGGAGCCAACAGGAGAGAAACCAAGGGACAUUGAUUUAUCCUCCAGAGGGCAGUGAAAAGGUUUUGCAAGCAAGGGGAAUUAAAGCAAACGAACUUCAAGGAAUGCAGCAAAGUGACCUCUUCAAAGCUGAAUAUGUCUUUAUUGUGGACUCAGAAGGGGAAGAUGAAGCUACAAGUGGAAAAGGUGAACAAGGUCCCCCGAGGGGGAUGAGCACUACAGCUUCUCGGCCCAAAUCUCUAGCAAUUUCCUCCAGUCUGGUUUCUGACGUGGUACGUCCCAAAACACGAGGGACAGACCUCCAGGCCCCAUCAUACCCUGAAAUGUCUCAUGGGAUUGCCUCUCAGCAAAAGCACGGGCAGUUAACUUCUUCUCCCACUACCUCUGAGCAGCUUGCCUAUAAACCACCUGCUUUCUCCUUUGUUUCUCCAACUAAUCAGAAAACGCCACCUGACCCAGUUAACCUCGACGGAGCCUCUGUGCUAGAGGAGUUCCACACUAGGAGGCUGGAUGUCAGUGGGGCCUUGGUGGAAGAAACAACUACGUAUUUUCAAACUUCUGCUCACUCUUCACCCUUUUUUGCACGGAAGGGCACCUCCUCGACGUCACAGUUUCCCCAUUUCACUCAGUUAUCAGGUUCUAAUUUAUCCAGUCCGAGACCUGCAGAUAAGAAACCUGGACUGGCAUCUGAAGUUCCGAAGAAAACAGCUUUCACCUCGCAUGUCCUUAGCCCCAGAGAAAGCCCGAGAACCACUUCUCCUUCACCAUCCUCCAGUGCUUCUCUGAAGUCCAAUUCGGGCUCAUAUAUACCAGUCCGUAUUGUCACACAUUCACUCUCUCCAAGUCCCAAACAGUUUACCUCCUCUUUCCAUGGCUCUUCUUCCACUAUCUGUAGCCAAGUGUCAUCUAGUGGAAAUCUCUCCAAGUCAGGGGUGAAAUCCCCAGUGCCUUCCCGGCUUUCCCUGCUCACUGCCAUGCUCAAGUCAAACCCUUCUCACCAAAGACCCUUUUCCCCUGCAUCAUGUCCCACUUUCUCUCUCAACUCCUUGGCUUCUUCCACACUCACACUCGAUCAAAAAGCAAAAGAAACCCCGUCUACACCUAAGAAAUCUCUCUCUAGUUGCUCCCUGAGAACAGGGUCUCCAGAACAAAGGGAACACCAAGUUUCUGAACUCAGCCAGCAAUCGUUUCACUUACCUUUUUUUGCCAAAUCUGCUCCCCUUUCUCAGGCAGGCUCCCUCUCUCCCACAACACAUGUUGAUAGUAGCCUUGUUUCUUUGAAUGUAGAGAAAACAUCACCCACUUCUUUGAAGAGGAACCCAACAUUCUCACUGCUACAGACUAAUACAAUGAGUUCUGCAGGUCUUCCUCCCAUUCCACCAAGUGUUCCUUCUCUUUCUUUGAAGGGCAAACAGGAUGUUGACCUCAGGGGUCCAGAAAAGCCGAGGAAUAUUCACAUACAUCCUACAUCAGCCUCAUCUGCAUUAUCUACUCUAUCUCCUCCCGCUAACCAAAGGGCCACACUCUCCUUUCCAGAGAAAUGUUUCCAUCCUUCCCCAGCUCUUUCAAACCUGAUAAACAGAUCUAAGAGAACAGCCCCUCAGCUAGCUGACCAGGGACAGAAUCCUUCAAUUCCUCCUUCACCCCCUGUCUCCAGUGCUAGCUCUGCCUCACUUUCCACACUGGGGUCCUUCCCAGUCCCUCCUGCUACUCUGCCCACCCAGGCAAUCCAUCUCCAUCCCUCAACACUGGACCCAAAAUUUGGCAGUGAUACCUUGCCUUCAAGACUUGGAAAAUCUGAAAGCUCGAUAUCCAACCACAGGUCAUCUGUUUCAACCCCAUCACCUCCCAUUUCUCUAACAAGAUCCAAGGAGCUGAUUUCACCUUGUGCGUUGUCCAUGUCAACAGGCCUUGAAAAUAAGAAACCCAAGGCUUGUCCAAGUAUAUACUCCAGGGCAGUUGGGGAUAGGAGAACUGAAAAUCAAUACAAGACCAAGUCAAGCUACAAGGCUUUUGCAGCAAUCCCUACAAACACAUUGCUUUUGGAACAGAAGGCACUCGAUGAACCAGCCAAGACUGAAAGUGUCUUCAAGGACAACACUUUAGACCCACCUCUGGAGUUUUGUUUCCCUGCACAGCUCAGGCAGCAAACUGAAGAGCUCUGUGCUACCAUUGAUAAGGUCUUACAGGAUUCCUUGUCUAUGCAUUCUGACUCUCCUUCGAGUUCCUCACAGACAUUGUUGGGUUCUGACACAAUGAAAAUGCCUACAACUCUUCCGAGAGCAGCUGGUCGAGAAACCAAAUAUGCAAACCUAUCCUCGCCAUCCUCUACAGUAUCUGACAAUCAGCUGACUAAGCCUGGAGUAAUUCGCCCGGUACCUGUAAAAUCCAAAAUAUUACUGAGAAAAGAGGAGGAAAUCUAUGAGCCCAACCCUUUCAGUAAAUACCUGGAAGAUAACAGUGACUUCUUUUCUGAUCAGGAUGUGACAGUUCCUCCCAAGCCUGUUUCUCUCCACCCUUUAUAUCAGACUAGACUCUAUCCUCCCGUUCAGUCCCUGCUGCCUCCACAGACCCUCUCACAUGCUGACUGUCUUACCCCAGGACCUUUCAGUCAUUUGUCCUCCUUCUCAGUGAGUGAUGAACAGGGGAAUUCCCACACCUUGUUUAGAGGCAACACAUAUAAUAAGCUGAGUCAUCCAAUGGUGGCUAUUCCUGAACACGAAACUCUUGAUUCCAAAGAGCAAUGAAGUUGGAGCAGAAGCUGGAAACAGGCUGCGCUAAAGUUUUCUGGAAUGCUGGUGCUAAUCACUUGCUAGAUUUGAUGUUUAAAAUUUUUUUUUCCUAUGAGUGUUUCCUUUAUGAACUGCAGUAGAAGUAAAAAAAAAAAAAAAGUGUCCUGCAGGCAUAUAACAUCACAGUACCCUACUAAUACCCAGCGUAGAAAAGAUUUAUCUAUAGCUUCUUGCACCACUGUUAGAGCCUUUAAUGACUUCUAUUAAGCUGACAACAAUAUUAACAUGCCCCUAUAUUUAGCUGCCAAAUAAAGAAGAAUCAUGGGUAAAUAGAAGAAUGGUUGUGACUAUUUUUCAACACCACUUUUAUUUAAUGCAUACAUUACUUACUGAAUCAGGUUUUAUUUCCCUUUAGAUUGAUUGGUUGAUUUUUUUAUGUGUUUAAAAAAAUGAGCAACUUUUAAGAAAUGAGCCCCUGCCUGCUUUCAGGGGAUGCUAAUAUUCAGAGGUUCAUUGUGGUGAUCUUGAACAUGAGAAAGUUGCCAUUUCACAUAACUCACACAGUUUUCCUGUUCUGUUUGGGUUCCAUGUUACCGGGACAGACCCCAUACUAGGGGCAGCCCAGUGAUGUUGAGCUUCGUGUUGUUGGGAUGUUCUUCACAUUGUGGUUUCUCUGUUGUCACACAAUUCUUGUGAAGGCUACUUCUGAGUCAGUUCAUUCUUAUAAUCUUGGGAGCAGUAAAGACCACAGAGCAAAACCAUACUUUGAUGA